CUGUUAGAUAUCGCAUGCAAUGUUAAUGGUAUUUCCAGGCUUGUGGACAGAGGUCGAUUUUUCCCAACUGACUAUGCGGAUGAAAGACAAGUGAUUUAUCGACAGGUACCCGCUGAGGUAAGCUCGCAAUGGACGCCCGGGAAGCUUCAUAUCUCAGCACCAAGCAUGUAUGCCACUGUUUUAGAAAAGCUUGACUUACAAACUGGUCAUGCUUUUCUCAAUGUGGGAUCCGGUACUGGAUGGCUGAACACUGCUGCUGGUUUUUUGAUUGGCGACUCUGGAGUCAAUCACGGAGUCGAGAUACACGAUAAUCUCAUCAAGUUUGCUGAGGAGAGGCUUGCAGAAACAAUUAAGCGUCCUGAAAUCGGCGCAUUCAAUUGGGCUAAGCCUUCCCAUGAUAGUUUCAGAUUUUUCCACUCACAGCUAUAUGACCGAGUCUAUUGCGGUGCCGCCGUAACGGAUGAAAAUACUGUCAAUCGGCUGAUCCGAUUGCUACAGAUUGGCGGAAAACUCAUUCUUCCAUUUAGAAAUAGCGUGAGCUCCUUCGCAGUCUCGAAAGACUACCCCGUUUUUAUGCGGAGCAUUGUCGACGACAUUAAUGCUGGGAGGCAUGUCUGUCACGUUCAUAUAUGA